AAAACAUCCUCCACAACAUCUUCCCACUACUCAAGAAGAGGCAGGAUCAAGUAUGGCUAGUAAGUUGCCGAUUAUCUUCAAGGUUCCCACUGGACUUCCCAUGUUUUUGAAGAUACUUCUAGGUUCAGUUAAGUACGUAGAACCAGGAUUCAUGAUUGACAUUCUUAUGGAGACCAAUAUUAUGGGCGAACAAUAUACCUUAUAUAUCUCACAUGAGGAUAUAGUACACUUUGGACUUAUGGAAGAAAUCGAUGCGUCUUGCAUUUCAUUCUAUAUCAGUAUAAUAUAUUCCGAGUUGUGCGAUAGAGAGAUAUCACACUUUUUUGGUUUCAUUGAGCCAUCGUGGUCAUCGAGAAUUGGGACAAAUAUGGAUAAUCGGGCUGAAAUUAUCUCAGAGCGUAUCAAUAACACAGUAAUGGGUCAAACUUGGUUAAUGCCAUAUCAUUUCUUACGUCACUGGAUGUUAGUUAUCAUUGAUCCAUAUGACCAUACAUGUUACUAUCUUGAUCCACUUAGAAAAUCUCCUCCAAAUGAUUUGAAGAACCUUAUGAACAAUGUCUCUUCACACAUUAAGCGAAAGACAGGAAGGAAUGAAAAAAAUUACAAGUGGAAAAUAGUCAAUUGCCCUCGUCAAACAUCGUCAGUAGAAUGCGGCUUUUAUAUCAUAAGGAUGAUGAAGGACUAUUGCUUGAAUGAGACACCAAUGCGAUGGCUAACUAGUAAUUGUGGUGGAAAGAAUACAUAUACACUUGGUCAAAUUAAUGAAACUCGAAAUGAAUGGGCAGCCAAGCUUCUUGAGCGGAUGAGUCAUAGCUAGAGUAACUUUUGAAAUCAGAAUUAAAAAAUAUACUAAUUGUAGUAUUUAAUUAGUACUUACAUAGUUAUUCCAAGUGUAUAUUUUGAUAUUGUAAUUUUUAGAUUUGGAACAUACUGAGUUCUAUUGAUUAUGUCUGAACUAUGUUGUAAUUACACAGGAAAUUAUGAAUGAAUAUAGUGGUUGAAAAUAGAGAAAUGAAAAAAUUCUCAUA